AUGAACAAUACUUAUAGACAUCUGCUGCCGCUGGACCUUCAGCUCAAUGAAACCACCAGGGAGUCUAUGGCUGGGGAGGACGAACAGGGGAACCUGACCGGCAUCGAGCCUGGUCUGUGUGAGGCAGUCCACAUCCAAGCUGAGGUGUUCCUAACACUGGGGAUCGUCAGCCUUCUUGAGAAUAUCUUGGUGAUCUUGGCAGUGGUGAAGAACAAGAACCUCCACUCACCCAUGUACGUACUCCUGUGUAGUCUUGCUGCUGCUGACAUGCUUGUGAGUGUCUCCAACUCACUAGAGACGGUGGUUAUCGCUGCGCUGAACAGUCGGUUGAUUGUGGCAGAUGACCACUUUAUUCAACUCAUGGACAACUUCUUUGACUCCAUCAUCUGUAUCUCCCUGGUGGCCUCAAUCUGUAACCUUUUAGCUAUCACCAUUGAUCGUUACGUGACCAUCUUCUACGCCCUACGCUACCACAGCAUCGUGACGAUGCGGCGGGCUGUCCUGGCCAUCGGUGGCAUCUGGCUGACAUGUGUGUUCUGUGGGAUAGUCUUCAUCGUCUACUCAGAGAGCAAGGCAGUCGUUGUGUGUCUGAUCAUCAUGUUCUUCACCAUGCUGGUGCUCAUGGCCACUCUGUAUGUUCACAUGUUCCUGCUGGCGAGGCUUCACAUCAAGCGCAUCGCUGUUCUGCCCGCGGAGGGUGUGGUGCCCCAGAGGACCUGCAUGAAGGGAGCCAUCACCAUCACCAUCCUCCUAGGUGUGUUCGUAUGCUGCUGGGCACCUUUCUUCCUCCACCUCAUCCUCCUCAUCACCUGUCCCAAGAACCAGCUCUGUGUCUGCUACAUGUCCCACUUUACCACCUACCUGGUGCUCAUCAUGUGUAACUCUGUCAUAGACCCCGUUAUCUAUGCCUUCCGCAGUCUCGAGAUGCGCAAAACCUUCAAGGAGAUCCUCUGUUGUUUCAGUGCCACUUGUACUAUUUUCCACUGUAAAUACUGA